AUGCUGCAUCUCGGGGUCAACGUUGCUGUCGUAGCUUUGCUAGGGUUCGUUCUCUACAACCUCACGAAACGAAAGAAAGGACCGUACUCCAGCCUUCCCCUUCCUCCAGGGCCAAAGGGCCUCCCAUUUAUUGGAAACCUGCUGGACCUUCCGAAGCAUUCCGAGUGGGAAGCCUAUCAUAAAUGGUGUGAAGAAUUUGACACUGAUAUUCUCUACUUGAAUUUCGCGGGCACGGACCUAAUUGUUCUUGACACAAGUGAAGCCGCCAAUGAACUCCUUGAGCGGCGCUCCUCAAACUACUCCGGAAGAGCUCGACUUACUAUGUUGAACGAGCUGAUGGGAUGGGACUUUAAUUUCGGGUUCAUGCCCUACAGUUUGUUCCGGUGCUUUGAUCUCUUUUCAUCUGUCUGA